UAUCCAGAGUAGUUGAUUUCGUCUUCCAUUGAUAACUUCAACAGUCAAAAUCAAGCUUUGAAGAUAGAGAGAGAAGAGAGAUCAUUACUGUAGAUCCUUAAGCAAGUUCCUUCAUCAAUGACCGGCGGCGGACAGGAUCUGCCGCAGGUUAACGGUGGCGAAUUCCUUCUCCAGUUACUACAGAGACCGCAACAGCAGCGGGUGGAGACGGUCGUGCCUCAGAAUCUAUCCAAUGAUCCGCUACAGAUACCGUUCAACACUCCUUAUCAUCCUAAUCCAUGGUCUCAUUCUCCUAAUUUCACGCCUCUUAACUUCUUUGGUUCGUUUCCCCAAAACCCUAAUUUUUCUCCAAAUCCUUCGCCGCCUCGCCAUCCUGAUUUCUUCCAUGGUUAUCAGAACAAUCUUAAUUUGAAUCAGCGACUACCUUUCCCUCCUUACAAUCCUAAUCCUAGACCAGAAUCAGGUUAUGAGCAGCACGAUUUAGGCAUCAACUUUGGCUCUUUCCCAGUCGGAAUCAGGGUUAAUGAGAAAGGGACUAGCUUACUUAAUGAACGUGAAUUGCCGUCGACUUCACAUGAAUUUCAGAGCCAAGAGCAAGAUCGAAGAGGAAGUGGUGGAGUAGGGGGAUUCAGAAGACAGGAUUUUGGUGGGGGGAAUUCGAAUUACAGGUCAACUACAAAACCUCAAGGAGUAAAUCCGCCGCCUGGGUUUCCGAACAAGAUAAAUUCCGGUCCAAUUCAGCAAAAUUACAUUGCUUCCAGCAGCGGUGAUAGAAGGGAGAGAUCCUUGCCUAAUACCCAACGAAUGCCAAACGAUUUUUCGGUCCCAGCCACAGGAAGUAAGAUGAAUUCAGUUUCAGCAACCGCGAUAGAAGAGACGAUCUCAGAGUUGCAUGAUAAGACUGCUGCAAAUGGGACUACGGUUGUUUCAAGGGACAAUGAAUGUGAUGAUUUGGAAGAGAAGAUUAGAGGUUUAUUAACACUAGAAGAUAACAAUGUAGACAAAAACACUAAAAAGAAACACUUUAAGGAUUACAGGUCAGACACCAGAGGACAAUUGGCACUUGAUCAUAGGGCGAGGAACAUGAAAAGGCAAAUUAGAUGCCGUGAUGAUAUAGAUUUAUUUAGUGCUCAUUUUCUUGAUAUCUACGAUUCCUUGGUGCCUCCUGAAGAAGAGAAAGCAAAACAAAGGCGGUUGAUAGCAUUACUGGAGAGACUUGUUAAGAGUGAAUGGCCUGAAGCUCGGCUAUAUCUUUACGGAUCGUGUGCCAAUUCUUUUGGAGUUUCCAAAAGUGAUAUUGAUGUUUGUUUAGAACUCAAGGACCCGAAUAUAAACAAGGCAGAGGUCUUGUUGAGACUGGCUGAAAUAUUGAAGUCAGAUAAUCUUCAGAAUGUUCAGGCUUUGGUACAUGCUAGAGUUCCGAUAGUAAAACUUUUGGACCCGGUUAGUGGGAUCUCAUGUGACAUAUGUAUUAACAACUUGUUGGCUGUUGUUAAUACAAAGCUCUUAAGGGAUUAUGCACAAAUAGAUGUGAGGCUUCGACAGUUGGCUUUUAUUGUGAAACACUGGGCUAAGUCGAGAGGAGUGAAUGAAACUUAUCAGGGAACAUUGUCAAGCUAUGCGUAUGUCUUAAUGUGCAUUAACUUCUUACAAUUGCGAAGACCUGCCAUUCUCCCUUGUUUGCAGGAAAUGGAGGCAACAUAUUCAGUUUAUGUUGAAGACAUUCAUGUUUCUUAUUUUGAUAAAGUUGAGAAACUUUCUGGUUUCGGGUCAGCAAAUAGGGAAACAAUUGCUAAGUUAGUAUGGUCAUUUUUCAACUACUGGGCGUAUUUUCAUGAUUAUACGCACAAUGUUAUAUCUGUUGGAAACGGAUGCCUCCUCAGAAAGUUCGACAAGGACUGGACAAGAAGGAUAGGAAACGAUCGACAUCUGAUAUGCAUUGAGGACCCGUUUGAGAGAUCUCAUGAUCUGGGCCGAGUUGUUGAUAAAAGGAGCAUAAAAGUCCUCAGGGAGGAAUUUGAAAGGGCUGCUGAUAUCAUGCAGAAUGCCCCUAACCCAUUUGUGGCCCUCUUUGAGCCCUAUAUUCCUCCUACUUCUAGCUAGUUCAAUUUUCUUCUUCCUUAUUAUUAUUAUUAUUAUGGUGUUGUUGGUUCUUCUUCUUCUUGGGUUUGUAAAUUUCAGAUAAUGACUACUGGUUUUGCCUUAUUUUGUUGUGGUUUGAUUUCCUUUACCUUGUUUGCUAGUUUUUUGCGGGUUUUCUUAUGGGAAAUAAAAUAAGGUAAUUUAUC